AUGUUGCGACAUCCAUCAACAUUCGUACCCAUUAUAGCUUCCAUAGUAGCCUUCGUGCUAGUCUUACUGGCCCUCAUUGCCGGUUCUAGCAAAGGCUUCAUGGAGAGCUACGACAUCGUCACUUUCAACACGUCGACUCUUGGACAGAACCUCAUCAACAAGCAGCUCAGCGGUGAUCAGUCUGGCUCAGCAGCCGACGGAGUAUGCGAGAAGCUGGGUUUUCUUAGCAAGGCCUGCGAAGACGCUACUGGCGCCGUCGAAGACGCAAAAGACGACCUAUUGAAUACCCUAGGCGACAUAGAGAACGACAUUGCAAACCAGCUAGCAGAAAAGCUGGGCAUCCAUGAGUUCUACUCCAUUCAUGCGCGAACCGUCUGCGAGGGAGAGUACAGCCCUAACCCGACAGCCAAGGGUGCCGGUCGGACCGUCGCUAAGUGCAUCAAGACCUUCCCAAACAGCUUCAACGUAUCCGACAUCCUCGACAAAGAACUUCGCGUCGGCCCCUUCAAGCUCACCCUUGAAGACAUUGGCUUCAACGACGAAGUCCAAAGCGCCUUCGACACACUCAACCGCGUCAUCAAAGCCUUUGCCAUCAUUCUCAUCGUCGACGUGGCUCUAACCGGUCUCUGCAUGCUCACCUCCCUUCUCGCCAUCUUCUUGCUCGGCAACAAGGAACGGCCAACACUCAUCACCAACGCCAUCCUCUCUAGCAUAGCCUUCCUCCUAGUUCUUAUCACCGGUAUCCUCGCCACCGUUGGGUCCCGGAUCGCCGCGUCAAAGGCGAACAAGUACGGAGAGGAUAUUGGCUUGAGCGCCAAGGCGGGAACCAAAUAUACCAUUCUCAUCUGGGUGGCGGUUGGGUUUUCGUUGAUUACGUUUGUGGGGUGGGUGUUCCAGGCUUUGAGGUAUAGGAAUGGGAAGACGAUGGGUCAUAGUCGACAUGCACAUGGACAACAUGGGCCGAGGAGUAAGGGAAUUAGGGACUCUGAGGAGAGUGCGGCAAACUCGGAAAGGCCGGUUUGGAAUAAUGGGGGGAUGCAGGAGGUGCAGUUUUCUAGGACGAGGUAG